AUGGAGUGGUCAGACAAACAUGAUUUGGUGGUGUUUGUUACGGAACCCUACCAACAUCCGUAUAGAAGCAAGGAAAGGGGAGAUGUAUGGAACCAGAUAGCUGUAAACCUGAAUGGACUUGAUCAUCCGAAAUUCAAAGUUAGUAAAAGAUCCAUAACAGACAGACUGACCUUGCUGAUUACCAAGCAUAAAGCGAAAAUGCGCCAAGAGGAAAAUACCCGCUGGUAUCACUUUCGAAGAGACCGAACUAGUCUAAGCUCUCGAAAAGACAGGACGCUGUGGGAGCGUAAAUUUGGGCGUGGUUGUACUGCCGGUAUGAUACUUACACAACAUACCCUAUUGAAGCUAAACAGCUGUCAUCAUAUCUUACCAGAGAAGAUAAAUCCUUUACUCUACUUGUUUGCUGAACCACAUAGCUCAUACAGUAUGUCCCAAUCGACAACAAAAAUCGUGUCAUUUCAUGACAAUGUUUGAAAAUAAGCACAUCUUCGAUGCAGACGUGCUUGGAGCUAAAUUGCAACACAGGACAUAAGUGGUUACAGUCGGGAGAGUAAGGUUUAUCUCAGCUCCACUGAUACUGAAACUUUGAGAAAGAUUGACUGGCAGAUGUGUUUUCACGCCCGUCACAUUGUACAGUGUAUUCCGCUUACUAACAAGGGCAAAUAAAGUUCCUUAAGUCCAGUAUCCACAAGGAUUAAUAAGAGAGUAACACAUUAGAUAAACUGGUAUAGGGCAGCACUGCUUACAGGAACACUGAUAACUAUUAACAUUUGAUAUACUACAAUGUUCAACAUUGCUUGAGAAAAGAUGAGGUUCAAAGGUGGCAAUAUGUACACCUUUAAGUUUAUAUAUAUCCUCAUUCCUACAUUCCUAUGUAGAGUCUGAAAAUAUUGUACUAAUUUAUGCAUGGAUGGUACAGUCGAACCCCGCUAUUUCGAAGUCCCAAGGGAAAUGGAAAAAGUUCGAAAUAGCGGGGUUUCGUAAAAUUCAUAACAAUGAAUCAUUUUUUAAUAAAAUACAGUACAGUAUGAAGAAAGGCACUGAUUAAAUAAAAAUACAAUGUCGAAUGAUCAGAAUAGAGACAGCAGAGUUCAUACAUGAGUAUUUCAGCCGGAAGAACAGUUCACUAACAGUGCGUUUUGGUUUUGUAAUUGAAUAACGCAGCUGGAAUUUCUUAGCGGGAUUAAUUACGUAUCACGAGCUUAAAUAAAAUGCAAUAUUUUUCCAGCUGUGCUCUUAUGUUCGUACUCUGUUUUUGACAAGUUCGAAAUAAUGGGGUUGAUUUAAGGUGUAGGGAAAGAACAAUGAGUUCGAAAUAGCGGGGAAUUCGAAAUAACCGAGUUCGAAAUAGCUGAUAGUAAAUGACUGAAAACAUAAGGGUAAAUCCAAGGGAAUUCGAUCUUCCUUCGAAAUAGCGGGGACUUCGAGUUAACCGAGUUCGAAAUAGCGGGGUUCGACUGUAUUUCCAACAAUACACAUGUCCCUUCGCUAUGACUGUUGUGAUACAUAUCUCUAGCAUGAGAAUCAAAUACAUGAUAUCGCCCAGCCUCAAUGCUGUAGAUACCAACACCAAUAAUUGCCACCGUUAAAAUGAAUGAGUUGUAGUUCAGUGCCAAGAGUGUUUCAAAUGUUGUACCCUGUGAGUGGCAUAUAUAGUGGUGAUACCCCUCAAUUCCGGGAUCACCAUGGAUGUUACAAGUAUAACUGUCACUGUAUUCAAGGUGGAAAAACUGCUCACUCUAAACAUUUCUGGCAAUUCUGUUAACAUUAACAUAGAUUGCCUUGCAAGCAGUGACAGACUAGAAUAUAACUGAAUACAAACAAUCAUUAUUUGAAUCAUAUCAUUAACUGAAGUAAUCUUUGUUAUCUUACUGUAAAUUAAAACGCACAGACUCAUUGCGACACAUUGUUGUCCAGCAUUUUCCCCAAAUACUGUAACGUUUCCUUGACAGUAUGGAGCAUGAAUUGUUUUUGUAGCAUCUUCAUAAUCUGAAGGUCCUGGAUUCUUCUCGAUAUCAGUACAAAGCUUAAAUUGGCCAAAAUUCACCCGGUGAUUCAAACUGUUGUAAGCACUACAAAAUUGAUAAUGGCAUGUACAGAGGGGAAAAUUCUUACUUAAAAGCCUAUUUGGAAAUCUCAUUCCACAUGAAUCGCCUGUGCUUUGGUGCUUAGACGACAGAUACACCUUCCGUCGUUUACGAACUACUUUUGGAGUUGCCCUUAAGUAAAAACGUCACACUCUUACAGUUACUUCUGUACCUGUUUAUGUGUAAACCUUUUCUAUUUUUACCGUAACAAUGAAUUUCAGACGACAAUGGUGUAUUUUUCCGAAUACUCUUCCAUACAAAAAGUGUCACUUUCCGUGUUUUCUGUAACAAAUAUUUUAAUUUGUUCAUCGGUAGUCUGCUAGGUGCCUAUGACUGCGAUGAGAGAAAUGACUAACCUGAUUUCAACCAAUGGAAUUGUAAGUUCUGUUAUAAAUAAAUUUCUUACGACGAUAUCUCAAUUCAACUUCUUUUAUUUCCUCCACAAGGCAAUUUUCCUUCUGUACAACUAGCUCAUUUCCUUCUCUUGUCGUCACCUCGCUGCCAUCAAAACACUCCAACACAAAACUUGCUGAUAAUGCAAAAUCCCGACGCACAACAUCGUACAUGUACCGCGUCACAAUAUAUACAAUUAGAUCUAAAAACACAACACGCAAUACAAGAACAAGUACAUUAACCGUCACCCUGCUAAACAACAUUGAAAUAAUAAAAAGAAUUGUUGCAGUUAUCACAGUAGUUCCAAAAGAAGCCUCAGUCCCGUUUGGAUUCAUUUGCUGACAAUAGCAAUCGUCUGUUCCUUCAUCGGAACAGAUUUUUAUCACAGGCAACUCGUUGUGUUCCUCAAUGCAAAAAUCAAAAUCACUAUUGUCACACUGAUAACCAGCUACAUAAAUCUUGCGACUCUCAAACUUGUUAAACAUUCCUCUGUUCAAGCUCUUAUAUCCAUUUUACACGUACACUCCUGAUAUUCCGAUUUGUCAUUGCGUCUAUGGGGUCCAUGAGUCUUCAAUGUCAUUGAAUGUCUUGAUAAUUUCCCUUGUUUUUCUUUGAGGUCGCGGACCAGCCCAUUCCGAAAACAUUCAGUGUUAUUUUUUAGUGUGGGCCUACCGCGAACAGUGUGUGCAUUUGUAAGUUUAACCCGGGAUAACAUAACUGAACAAUAUAUUAGUACGUUCCUCGAAACGCUGCGGCCAAAUGUUAUCCAAACUACUUCUUACUGCUGCUUCGAAAAAUUUCGGUUCAAACGAUAUCCAAAUCGUCCCUCAUUGGAUUAUCCACUCGACCUAACAAAAUCGACCAAUCACAAAAUAAGGAAAAGAAAAUAGACAUAAAAUAAAGAAAACAGCAAAUUCAGAUAACCUCUUAGGAAACAUGAAAUUAAAACUGGCUUUCUAUGAUUGGUGCAUUUCGAUCCUCUCGUCAAAAAAUGUCAGACGCCAAUCAUCUUAGCGGACCUCUCAGGAAACGAAAGUUUACUUCAACGGUUCAAAAGGUCAGUGUUUGUGAUUUGUGAUUGGUGGAUUUCGAUCCUUUUUGUGAGUUUCUGUGUUUCAAGUUUCGUUGAUUGUGAUCUUAUUGCGACCAAAACCCGACGUUAAUAUUCCAAAUAUUUUUGAUAGAGACUUCCAAAUUUCGAUGAGGCAAAAAUACUGAAGAUUCAGAUAAACUUUUGAGAUCGUAAAAGUGCGAUAAAGUGCCGUGUGCUAGCAGAGCUUCCUUUUCCACAUGCCUUUUACCUUGUACAAGACGUUUGCAUGUCAGACAUUCGCCUCGCUUCGCUUGUUUACUUGCCUUGUUUACGUUAGCACGCAUUGCGUGCCUCUUGCACAUUUGCGUCAAAACAAGCCGUUUCCAUUACUCUGUUUGGGCCACGCCCAAAUAAUAAUUGACAGGAGAAGUUGGCCGACGAAAAAAGCUUGGAGUUAAAGAAAAAAGAAAAUGAAGAAGGAGCAGGUCGAGAGGAACACAGGCAAAGCGCUGUGGAACUUUUAGGGCAGACCGUGAAAAAACAUUUUGGACACUCCGAUCAUUCGCAUUUCCUUUGUUUACGUGGGAAACUCGUCGUCCACAGCAAGCGAGCGCUUGACUCUCGAAUUUUUCCGCCGUGAACGACGUUCUCGACCCAGUCCUUUCAGGGUGCAGUUCGUCGUCGCCGUCUCUUUCGUCGUCGAUGCGUAA